AUGGCUAUGAUUAGUUAUGUUGUACACACAAAGAGGGAUCUAUUUUGGAAAAAGAAUGGUUUAAAGUAUGUUAGGGUUGAGUGUCUUGGAAAGGGUUGUGAUUUUCAUGUUAGUGCAGGGUGGGAAGAAAGAACAAGGUGUUUUCAGGUGAAGGCAAUCUUGUUGGAACAUAAAUGCAAUAAUCAAUUUACCUUAGGGAUAGUUAGUCAGAAAUGGUUGGAAUGGAAAUUUGAAGAAAAGGUGAGGCAAAAUCCAACUAUUGGUUAUUCAGAGUUGAGCAAAGACAUAAAAUCUGAAAUGAACUUGAAUGUUACUGUUAGUAUGUGUAGAAGGGCAAUAACAGGGAUAUUGAAGAACUUGGAUAUUGGGUAUGAAAGUCAGUUCAAAAGACUUAGGGAUUAUGCUCAAGAGUGCUUGAAUUCAAAUUUGGGUUCCACAGUGAAGAUACAUACAACCAGCACAGUGGAAAACUCACCAUUGGUGUUUCAGAGGAUAUAUGUGUGUUUUAAUGCCAUGAAGAAGGGUUUUGUAGAGGGUUGCAGGAGGUUUAUUGGACUAGAUGGAUGUUUUUUAAAAGGAAAACUGAAGGGUGAAAUACUGACUGCUGUGGGUAGAGAUGAGAACAAUCAAAUGUACCCAAUUGCUUGGGUUGUAGUAGAGAUUGAAAAUAACUCAUCAUGGAAAUGGUUUCUGGAACUUUUAAAGUCAGAUUUGGGAAUUCUGGAUAACACUCAAUGGACCUUAAUGAGUGAUCAACAGAAGGGGUUAGCUAAUGUCAUACAGGAGCUAUUUCCUGGAGUUGAGCAUAGAAAUUGUGCAAGGCAUGUCCAUGCCAACUGGAGUAAGAAUCACAGAGGGAAGGUACUGAAGGCUCACUUUUGGCAGAUUGCAAAGACACCUACUCAAGAACUACUUGCAGAGAAGUUGAAAGCUUUGGAAAAGGUUGAUGCUACAGCACUUCAUGAUCUUAACAAGUAUCCAAUGCAGUUCUGGUGCAAAGCAUUCUUCAAAGAAGAAGUUAAAUGUGACUUGGUGGACAACAAUCUUAGUGAGGCAAGGUCCAAAAACAUUAUUCCAAUGCUAGAAGAUAUAAGACUUUUUGUGAUGAAGAGGGUUGCAAAGAAGAAAGCAUUUGCUGAAAGAUGGAAUGGGACUUAUGGGCCAUGUGUGAUGAAGAAAUUGAAUGAGAACAUACUUGGCAGUGCUAGUUGGGAGGUUAUCUACAAUGGAGCUGAUGGAUAUGAGACUUAUGAGCAUGCAAUAGAGCCAAUGAAUGGAGAAAUGUUUUGGCCAAGAACUCAAGGAGAUGAGAUACAUGCCCCAGUGCCAAGGAAGAUGACUGGUAGGCCCAAGAAAAAAAGAAAUCUUGAAGAUGAUGAAAAAAACAAGGAUAAAAACAUAUUGAGUUUACAGGUUAGAAAGCUAUCAAGGAAAGGAAGAAUAAUGACCUGUCAACUGUGCAAGGGGAAGGGGCAUAACCAGAGAUUUUGUCCUACCCAACAAGGACAAUCUGGUACUUCUACUGGUGUUAGAGGAAGAGGAAGGGCUCCUACUGGUGUUAGAGGAAGAGGAAGAUUGCACACAACAUUGAAGAGUUAG